ACGUUCCAACCUCCUCUCCUAGGCCCUUCUUCAACUCGACCGCGUUGUCGUCUCUCUCUCCUUGUCAGUGUCUCUGCCUCUCCUUCCUCUCAUCUUCCUUGAGCUCAUUCUCCUACAAACCACCACCACCAUGGUGCUGCUCGCCGCGCUCUUCUUGUCCCUCGUCCUCCUCGUUUCCCUCGCCAACGUGCUCCUCCUCCGCUUGCCCCCCAAGAAGCUCCCCGCCCUCCUCAGGACCCUCUUCGCCCAGCCGCCGCCCCCGGCGGCACCAGGCAAGGUGGACGGCGGCCCGCCGCCGCCGCCGCCGCCGCAGAAGCAGCAGCAGAAGAAGAAGGAGCGGCGGGGCGUGAGCGCGGAGCUGAGAAGGGUGUUCGCCACGUUCGACAAGAACGGGGACGGGCUCAUCACCAGGGAGGAGCUGAGGGAGUCCCUCAGGGGACUCCAGAUCUCCGUGUCGGACGAGGAGGUGGAGGAGGCGGUGGCCGGGUCUGAUGCUAAUGGCGACGGCCGCAUCGACCUCGACGAGUUCUGCGGCCUCCUGGAGUCCAUGUCCGCCGUCGGGAGCGCCGUCGGCAGCAGCAGCAGCGAUCGGAGCCUGGGCGAUGGGGAGUGCGGCGGGGAGGAGGCGGAGCUGAAGGAGGCGUUCGACGUGUUCGACAGGAACGGGGACGGGGUGAUCACGGUGGAGGAGCUGGAAGGGGUGCUGUCGUCGCUGGGGAUGAGCGAAGGGAAGAGGGCGAAGGCGUGCGAGGAGAUGAUCAGGAAGGUGGACGUGGACGGGGACGGGAUGGUCAACUUCGACGAGUUCAAGCGGAUGAUGAGGGGCGGCCAAGCGCUUCUCGUCUCUGCAUAACGUCAUGCAAGAAUACCUAAGGGAAUGGCGCACGCUGUAUAGGCAACGAAUAAAACCCUAGGACAGCAGUAGUUACUAUCAGUGUCGAUGGAGGAGUGUUUCUUGCAAGGAUCGGAUGUCCGAGAACCGGUGUCCGUCGCAACUGUAACAUCAAAGGUCCAGGUAGAGUUUCGUCAGUGUUUUCUCGAGGGAUUCCGGUGGCCACCGAGGCAUCGCCGGAGGAGCCUCGAGGGUGUUAGGUAAUAGUAAUAGAUACGUAAAUCUAUUUACUAUAAUGGGUCACUUGUUCAUCAAGGAAUGUCUUGCGGUGUUGUAUAUCUUUGUUCUUUCUUUCUUUCUUUCUCGGGUUUAGCUUAGAAAUUUAGUAGAAAUCAAUAGACGUUGCGUUGAUCGGAAGAACGGUGGUUCUGUGGUCAGAAUAGAAUCGGGGGGUGUUAUGGGGUAGGGCCAGGAUUUGACUCCCGGAUGGCACGGGAGUUUGAUUUGUUCCUCCUUAUUUUUUGUCCUUUUUAUGCACGGACCGGGUCAAGUGCAUGACCGGUCAAAUGUAGUUCGUAGACGAUUUCGCGUCGUCUUCAGUUUCGACCAUUUCAUUCUCAGAUUUUUAUAUAACUUGACAUAUGGAAAAGUA